AUGACGGAUAACCGCAAAACCGUCCUUAUAACCGGAUGCAGGCCUGGUGGUAUAGGAAACUCCUUGGCAAGAGAGUUCAUGUCCAAUGGUUAUCGCGUCUUCGCCACUGCGCGCUCCAAAGAUCAUCUCGUUGAUCUCGCUGAACUCGGCAUCGAGGUCUUUGCUUUAGAUGUAACGUCGCCCUCCGAUAUCCAGGACAUCAAGGCGGAUAUUUCUGAACGUACUGGCGGGUCUCUCGGCAUUCUCGUGAACAAUGCAGGCAUUGCGUACACGAUGCCUGCACUGGACUUGGAUUUUACGGUCGUGCACAAGACAUUCGAGACCAAUCUUUUCUCAGUGAUGCGUAUGGUCCAAGCAUUUGCUAGUCUAUUGAUCCAGGCAAAGGGGACGAUUGUUAAUAUCGGAUCCAUCGCGGCCAUAUUGCCCUAUACCUUCGGGUCGUCUUACAAUGCGUCCAAGGCUGCGUUGCACUCGUAUAGCGACACACUUCGUAUAGAACUUAGUCCGUUCGAUGUCAAAGUUGUUGUGGUCAUUACAGGCGGUGUGCUUAGUCGGCUUACAGUCAACAAGCGAGACCUUCCCCACAACUCAAUCUACCUUCCAAUUGACUCGGACUACCGCGACCGCCAAGGAAAUUCGCAGAAGACCGGUAUGCCAAAUGAUGUCUAUGCACGUAAGGUUGUCAAUGAACUCAUCAAGUCCCGCCCGCCCAAGUGGCUCUGGAAAGGGACGAUGGCAACCAGGGUCUGGUUUCUGUCGACGUUUUUCCCCAAGGGAAUUUGGGACCUUUUACUGUCAAAGCGGUUUGGUAUCAAUAAUAUGGCUGCGUUGUGGAAGAAACGAGAUGCCUGAUUUUAGCUUUCACAAGCCGCGUUUGUGUACAUAAAUAAACCGUAGAAAUUGAAUAGGAAUGAUUUGAACGAGCUCC